AAAUGAAUUCCUCUGAAUUAGUAGUGUGGCAGUGAAGAAACCGGUAGCCGGUUCUGCUAGAAGCUAGCUGUCAAAAUUCCAAGUAUGUCACCAUUUUACUGAAAGUACACACAGUUUAUCAACUAUCUGUUGUCAAAUUCUUCAAUUGUUCAUCAGAGAUUGGAAAAAAUCGGCACAGGUGGACCGGAGAGCUGAAGUUUAUUGUUGAAUUAAUUGUGUGUAUGAGAAGGGUGUGCUAGCCCAUGGAGAAAUGUCAUUGAUUGGGCUAUUGAAGUUAUUGCUGUAAACUGAAGGUGUUUUUAUAAAUAGACUGUUGAAACAGGAUACCGAUACCUGUCUAUUUGAUCAACUCACGGUGGGGCUCUGCCACAACUUGUGUUUUCUAAAGGUUUUUCUGGGAUUUAUUGGAGAUAUUGGUUAUUGAUUUGCAUUAAGGGUUGAUCUCAGAAAUGUGACACACAAGUGGAACAGAAGUGAAAAGAAAGCAACAUGAUCAUUCAUAACAUUGAAGAAUUGCAAUGAGUUGUAAGUGAGAGACAAAGAUCAACAUGGAUGAUCCGGAAAACAGAGAGGGGGAUCAUGGGGUGGAGGACAUGAUCAAUCUGAGUGUUCUGGAUGAGAGUGUCAUUCUGAGAAACAUAAGGAUCAGAUAUGAGAGAGAACUCAUCUAUACCUUCACUGGAAGUAUCCUGGUGUCUGUCAAUCCAUACAAAAUGUUCAACAUCUAUGGACUGGACAUGGUCAAAAAAUACGAGGGCCGGGCACUGGGGUCCAUGCCUCCACAUCUUUUUGCCAUUGGAAGUGCUUCCUAUGGAAAGAUGAUGAAAGAUACAGAAAAUCAAGUUUUAGUUAUCAGUGGGGAGUCUGGAGCAGGUAAAACAGAAGCCACUAAGUUGAUCAUGCAGUAUCUAGCAGCAGUCAACAAGUCAGGGAACAAUCUCAUCACAGAGCAGAUUCUAGAAGCCAACCCUCUUCUGGAGUCCUUUGGUAAUGCCAAAACUAUCAGGAAUGACAACUCCAGUCGAUUUGGGAAAUACAUUGAAGUUUUCUUUAAGAAUGGGUCAAUUGUGGGAGCUCGAACUUUGGAAUAUCUUUUGGAGAAGUCACGGAUGGUUACUCAGGCUCAGGAUGAAAGAAAUUACCAUGUGUUCUAUGAGAUGCUGGAAGGAAUGUCUACAGAGCAAAAAAGCAAAUUAGGUCUACAAAAUGCUGGAAAAUAUUUCUAUCUCAAUCAGGGUGGAAAUUGUAAAAUCUCGGGUCGAGAUGAUGGUGAAAAUUUUCGAGCACUGUCUGCUGCCUUGGACAUUCUUAGCUUUGAGAGAAGUGAACAGGACACUAUAUUCAAGAUCCUGUCCUCUGUUCUUCACAUCGGAAAUAUCUACUUCAAGAAAAUUCAUGAUGAAGCAACCCAUGAUACAGUAGUACUAGGCAGUGAUGCAGAGAUAAAGUGGAUAUCGCAUCUCCUACAGUUGUCAGAGGACUGGUUGAAGCAGGCUCUCACCACCAAAGUCACGGAAACAAGAGGGGACCGUGUGCUGACUCCAUACAAUAUCGAUCAAGCUCUGGAUUCAAGGGAUGCAAUAGCCAAAGCUCUGUACAGUCGCCUCUUUACCUGGCUUGUGGAGAGAAUUAACAAUAUCAUCUGUAGAGCAGAGAGGGACAGCAACACUUCUCUGGCUGUUCUGGACAUCUUUGGAUUUGAGGAUUUUCAUACCAACAGUUUUGAGCAGCUGUGUAUUAACUAUGCCAAUGAAACUAUGCAGUUUUUCUUCAAUCAACACAUCUUCCGACUGGAACAGAAAGAGUAUUCAAAGGAAGGCAUUGAUUGGUCAACAAUAGAAUUCCGUGACAACCAGCCUGUCAUUGACCUAUUGGCCAGUAAACCAGCAGGAAUUCUGUGUAUACUGGAUGAUGAAUGCAGCUUCCCACAGGCCACUGAUAUGUCUUUCCUGGAAAAGUGCCACUUCCAUCAUGAUAGCAAUAAACUAUAUGAGAAGCCCAGGAUGUCUGACCCAGUGUUCUAUGUGCAACAUUAUGCUGGCAGAAUUAAGUAUAAUGUUGACCAUUUCCUUGAGAAGAACAAAGACACCCUAAAAAGUGAUGUUGUAGAACUGUUGUGUGAAAGCAAGAGUAGGAUCAUUGCUCAAAUGUUCAAGGAUAUGAGAGAUCGCUUGAUCACCAAGACCCUCAGCAAGUCCACCGGUCGCUAUGUCACUCUGAAACCCCGCACACCCACAGUCUCAGCCGGCUUCACCGAGUCUCUUCUCUCUCUGAUUGACAACAUGUCCAAGUGUAACCCAUUUUUUGUUCGUUGUAUUAAGCCAAAUAAUCAUAAAGCCCCGAUGGUUUUUGAAACCAAAGUUGUAUUGGACCAGCUGAGGUACACAGGAAUGUUGGAAACAAUUCGUAUACGCAAAAUGGGAUUCCCAGUCCGCAUCAAAUUCCCAGUGUUCAUUUCUCGAUACCAUUGCUUAUUACAUGGACAAGACAUCAAUUCCAAAGAGCUGCCAAAUACUGUGUGUCAAAAGAUCAUGAACACCCAGGGUGCUGUCUACAAGGACCUCUACAGGAUAGGUGCUACCAAGGUUUUUAUGAAGGAGAGUCUGGAGCAAGUCCUAGACACAGAGGCUAAGAAAAUCCAGGAUGAGGCCAUUGUUAGAAUUCAGAAGUGUACCCGGAUGUUUCUGGCUCGGAAGAAGUUUCUCCUGGCAAAGACAUCAAUACACAACUUACAAAGAGCGAUCAGGCGGUAUUCAGCAAGGAAGAAGUUUUUGGUGGUUAGAAAUGGCAUCAUCAAAGCUCAGGCCCAGUUUCGUAUGUUCAGACAGCACAAGAAAUAUUUAAAGACGCGGGAGGAGCUUAAAAGGAAAUUGGAACAGGAGCGUCUGCUGAGGCAGAAACAGGAGGAGGAGGCCAAGAUGGAGAGAGAAAGACAGGCUCGACAGGAGCGUGAGAUUGCUUCGAUUACAAACCUGGACAUUCCUGGCGAGCUUGCGUUUGUGUACAAUAAGCUGGAUGACUGGCAGUCCAUUAACAAUGAUCGGCACAUUGUCACGGUCAAUAGGGAGGUCCUACAGAUGGACCAGCACUACAAACUUCCUGAAGACAUCAACGCUUUUGCUUUUAGUAAAUUUACCAGUGUCUUCUUCAAGGAUCCUAACUGGGGUUUUACGCUAACCCCGAUAAAGUCUCCCCUGACACAAGGUAUUACAGGAGAGGAAAUGAAUCAGAUCGCUGUGGCUGUCUUUAAACUGAUCCUGCGACUCAUGUAUGAUAGAAAUCUUAGAGAUCGCCAGGAAAAGGCCAUGGUGGAUUAUAUUAUUCAAAUGGGUCUACAACAUGAAGGCUUAAGGGAUGAGAUUUACAGUCAAAUUGCAAACCAGUGUUGGAAUAAUCAGAACCCUGGGGUCCUGGAGAGAGCUUGGAACUUAAUGGCAGCCUGCCUCAGUGCUUUUCCUCCCAGCAAACGAUUAUGCAAAUAUCUUAUCAAGUUUGUGUCAGAUAUUGGUCUGGAGGGGCACCAGCAACUGUGUCAGCACAAGGCUCUACAGUGCGCUAACAUAGAGCCCCAGUUCUCCCGCAUCUACCCUCCAUGUUUGUUAGAGUGGCGAGCAAUACAGCAGAAGGCCAACAUGGCACUGGAAGCGAAGUUCCCAGACGGUCACAAAAUGAUUGGUCAUGUGGAAUCAUGGACAAAUGCUGAAUUGUUUGCUAGACACCUGCUGAAUAUUAGAGGUCUACAGGAGAACAGCUAUGGCUGGACAGUGCAGGUGGAGGAGGAGGUGGAUUACUAUGAGAUUAUGGGGUAUGACUACGUCCUGGAUCUUGUGAGUGAGAUGGAAAUCCCCCCAGGAUUCCCCUACUGUAGGUCAUAUUACCUCGCUUCAUCUGACAGGACUAGGGAACCUCCUGCGAUGAGGAGAGGUCUCUACAAAAACUCCCCACAUAGCGUGGAUGAUGAGAGAUACAUGAAACUAGCAGGGUCCCUACCCCAGCCUCUGGAAGUCAAACACUCCCGCAUUGAAUCCCGAUCAUUUACACCGAGGAAAAACUAUGUGGAGGAAAAUGAUGAUGGAAUUGAGUUUUCUAUGACUAGUGUUUUAAAUCAAAGACCAACAGAGUUAAUGAUGGACAGUUUAUCAGGAUCUAAAUUAAACAUGAGAUACAAUAAACGUAAAGCACCCAGUCCUCCUACCACGAACGGCCAUGGUGUCGGUAAUGGAAUAUCUAAUGGACAUAUUACUCCUAUUGUGGAAGAUAUGGAGGAGGUUGGGCUGGACCCAAAAUCUAAAUUAAACACAAGAUAUGUGAAUGGAGUGCACACUAAUGGAGUUGUUACCCCAAGGUCUGUGACAGACGAAGACCUCAGUCCUCAUUCUAAACUAAAUUCUCGCUAUGUGAAAUCUGGAGUCAUAAUCAAGGAACGUGAUCGUAUCAAACGCCAUGGAGCAGGGAUUGGGAUGUCCAGGAAACAAUACCAGGAUCGUUAUCUGGAGGGUAUUUCUGCUGCGUCGGAUAUCUCCGCAGCAACAGGCCAAUCGGACUGGUCUCACUGGGUAGAGGAUGUGUUUAACAAUGCACUCAAUGAACAUGUAGAUACUCUGAGCGAUGCUCACACACUGGAAAAUCGAUUGAAGGGAGGGGGUAAGGGCGUGCCAGGUCCUGGUGUCCAGCCUGCCCCUGUUCCUCCUGCUACUUUACCAUUGCUGAAUUUUGGAUUACCAGCCAACAACAAUGUGAUGCCUACCUCUCCACCAGUGGUUCCUGUCAAUGAUCCUCUACAAAUGGCUGCCCACCAAAUGGCCCAGCAGACUCAGCAACAGGCCCUCUACAAUGCCUAUCUGCAGCAGAUGGUAAGUGCAAACCUCCAAGUACAGGCACAAGCACAAGCUCAGAUGCAGCAGCAACGACAGCAACAGCAAAAUCUCAUGCAGUCAGCACAGCAACAAAUGCUGCAACAGCAAUUCCUACAAAUGCAACAGCAACAACAGACACCUCAAAAUCUUGUAAGUCCAGCAUCCAGCUUUAACUCUGUGGGACCAUUCCCCAUGGUGAUACCCAGGGAACAACAGCAGCAGAUCAAUGGAGGGGUGGGAAUGGCAUCUGCUGCACAACCAGUUGUUAUUAAUGCACAGGGAGGUCAGAUCAACAGUCAGCCAGGGAUGCCUAUCCCAAUUUCGUCUGUCACAACAGAAGUCAAUAGCACUGGUGCCCCUAAAAAAGUGUACAAAAUGAGAAGCCAGUUUGAGGGCCACACUGAGCACAAGACGUUUGCUCCAGAGACAAGCACUGUACCCACACAACAAGCUCUGACUGUAAACACUGAAAACUCAGAGAGGAAGGAAUCUAAUGUGAGAAUGGUUCCUGCCCCAGCACCCCCUCCCCCACCACAGUACCAGGAUAAAGAGUUAAUGACUCCACGCAUGCAAUCAGUACCUCCUCCACCCCCACCUCCACCUCCUCCACCUGUCAUGCAAACCAUGGAGGAUACUUUUGAUAGAGAAAAGGGCAUGUUUACAUUUACUGACAAGCAGGGGCGAGCUCGAACUGUCCGCAUUGGUAAGGUUGUUUGGCCACCACCUUCAUUUGAAGAGGAGAAAAGGACCAGAGAAGUAGGUCGCCUGGAGAUUGAUGAGAAUGUUAAACAGAAUCUCCAUGAGAGAUUCAGUCCUAAGAAACAGUGGAAAAAACCAGAAUCUCCAAAGGAAGAGCUGAAGGAGCGUAAGAGCAAGUCAUUAGCAGAGUCGGUCCACCUGGCCACACUCCAGCUUCUGGAGCAGAAAUUAGGGGGAAACAAAGAAAAGGAGACUAAUGAAAACAAAGAAAUUUAUGCUACAAAAAUCGUUCAAGAUCUUGGACCACCGCCACCUGUUCCACCAAAACCAUCUGAACCAAAUAUACCAAGGAAACCAGCUCCCAAACCAAUUAAAACCGAACCAGAACCAAAAAACCUGAAAAAGACCGAGAAGGAUGAGGAGGAACAGGCAGAGCCCCCACCCUUGCCCAAGACUGCUCCUCCCCCUCUCCCACCUCCUACCCAGGCCAUGGAGACCGUGACAAUGAAGAAGAAGGAACCCCAGUUCCUAAUCAAUUACAAUGAGCUAGAGAAGGUAGUGACCCGGCUCUACCCCCAGGGCAAGCAGAAGUACCUAUCAUACCAUAAUGUGCCCUGGACACUCAACCUUAGGAAGGAGGUUUUCCACCCACGGGAGCGACUAGAGAACCCCAUGGCCCUCCAUCUGGUUUUCUGUCAGGUUGUUCAAGAUGUCUACAAUGGAGGGUGUGUCCGUAUCAACAAGGAGGACAGGAUCAAAAUGAGGGGCAUGCUGGAGAGUUAUGGAAUAAACAAAGAUAACUACCUUGGUGGCAGUUUUAAAAACCAAGUGAAAAAGAUAGUUGUUGAUACAGCCAAGGAAUGGCCAACCUAUUUUGCCAAGUUAUUCCCUGUUGCUGGUCAAGGCCAGUAUGGUGGAAUCCGUUACGUGGGAGUCAAUCACAACGGUAUCAACUUCCUGACACGAGAGCGCUCCCUGGUGGAGGAUUACUUAGAUGUCCUGGAGCAUCACCAUUUUGAAGAUGUCAUUGAUGUUGUGUUGCCAACAAGAGACACCAUACAGAUUAAUCUGAAGAAUAAAUCUGUGGUUCUCUUCACCAACAGGGCCUCACAGCUUAAGGAAAUGAUUGAUCUGUAUCUCCAGGAGUCAGAUAAGGGGAACAAGUAUGCAAUGGCUGUUAAGGACUACAUAACGAGGGAAUCCACACUACUGAGCUUCAGAAGAAAUGAGAUCAUCAAACUUUUGGAUCCAGAAAUGGCUUUAGAAGAGGGCUGGCUAUAUGGAUCAUUGAAUGGAAUGCUGGGAUACUUUCCUGCUGAGUAUGUGCGACCUCUUGCCCGACAUGAAGUUGAGAGGUCAGGGGGGAUGAAGGCCCAGUUAACAGAACACACCAUUCAGAGGAUGAUCAGACCUCCGAGCAGGGAUGGUUAUGCUGACAACAGAAGUGAGACUAGCCAAGGCACCGCAGUUCAAGAUGGCAAAUUCUCCAUGAUGGAAUUCGCCUUGCUGCAUUUCAGAGAGUCUGUUCAAAAGCCUCAAAUUCCGAGCAUACCUAGCAGUGUGACCGGGUAUGUGAUGAUGAGGAAGGAAGAUGGUUCAAUACGAGGCACCAUUAAAAUGAUCGAAAGCCUCAAACUGCGUAGCAUGGACCACGAUAAACUCAAGAGAGGUGAAGGUAAUGCAGACUGGACCUGGAGAGAGCAGGCUGAAUUGGUCAAGUGGACUCGGUCCCCGAUACAGGCCUCUUUACUGAAACUACAGCAAGUAGAGUUGAACAAGUUAGCUUUGGAGUGUUUCUUAUGUAUAAUGAAGUUUAUGGGAGACUAUCCAAUGGGAUCAAGCCAGAAUGAAGUAGAUUGUGCUCUCAAACUUCUCAAAACUUGCCACAAAUAUCCAGAGUUAAGAGAUGAAGUUUACUGCCAGAUGUGCAAACAGACAACCAGUAACAGAAGCAUGAAGCCGAAGAGUUGCAUUAUGGGAUGGCGAUUGUUUGCCAUUGUGGCAUGUUAUUGUGAUUGCACGGAGGCUCUGAGACCAUACCUGUUUAAAUACCUGGAAAAUACAGCUUCAGACCCCACAAGAACCUAUAGUGGGGCAGCAUCUAUCUGUCUGCAAAAUCUUAGAAAAACAUUCAAAUAUGGAGGACGCAAAAAUGUUCCACUUCAGGAGGAAGUCCAAGCCCUGGCUAAUGGCAGAAUAUCAAAAAGAUUUCCAUUCAUAUAUAGUGGUUGUGAAAAGGAAGGAAUGGUUCAGAUCAAGCCAUGCACGGUUGUCAGAGAUGCUGUAGAAGAAAUUUGUGUUAGGUUGAAUAUCAACGACAGUGUUGAAAUGGAGGAAUAUACUCUUUUCUUAAGAACAAAAGAUGAUAUGAUGGGCACCCCGGUGUUUAGUCGGUUGAAGCCUGAGGAGUACGUCCUAGAUGUAACAGCAGACCUGCACCGUAACAACCUCAGCUAUGACCUUGUCUUCCAGCGAACUGUGUGGUACUACCCUCUGCGGUCCACUGACAACGUCGUCUACACGGAACUAAUGUUCUUCCAGAGUCUUCCGGACUAUAUUGAAGGUCUUGUGGUGGUUCUUAAAGAUGGAUUGCUGGGUCAUCGUGAUGAGGAAGACAUUGCUGCACUGGGAGCUUUACUACACCGAGGGUACGACAGAGUGGGCAUGCCUACCAUAAAAGACUUGCCCUACCUAAUUCCAGAGACAGUCCGUAAAAUGCCAGAUUAUCAACAACAGAAGUGGCUAAACAGAAUUCAUGCCAACAUGCAGGAUGUUAUGCGUAGAAGUCCAUUAAAUUGUAAAGCUAAAUUUGUAGAUAUUCUUUCGCGCUGGCCUUUGUUUGGAUCAACAUUUUUCAGUAUAAGGAAUCCCCCAACACAGCCAGUUAUAAAAGGAGAGUGCAUUUUGGCUGUCAAUAAACACGGCAUUCACUUCCUCAGCUUAGAUACACAUGAAACAAUCCUCAAGUAUUCAUUCAGUGAAGUGUUGUCAACACGCCGUUAUCGAAGUGAUAAUGGUGACAAUUACCUGGACAUGAAGUUGGGCAAUUUAAUGGUGCAGAAAAUUGUGAGGAUUGAAACAAAUCAGGGAUCAGAUAUUUCGAAUUUGAUAGGACAAUAUAUGCAGGUGAUAAAUCGACACAAAAAGAGGCCAAACGACAAGAUGAGCCUACAACGAUAUCAUUGACUGUGAUUGAUGUCUUUUUGUGAACCGGAUAUUGUCCACUAUGUACAGAACUGUUAAAAAACAAACUUAUUAUUGGAUUCUGUGAUAUAUUUAUGUGCUUCAGCAGUACAGUGUGACUUCACAGGCUUACCCUAUCCUUGCAUCUAUAAUGGUGAACUAGACUACACUAAUACAGGACCAAUACAGUGAUUUAUCUUCAUCCAUCAGAUUCAUGUAUUCAGAGCGCUAUAUUUCAAGUCUGCACAUCAAGUAGUUAGAAAAGUCUGCAAUGGAAACCAAAUCAAAAUAUGUAUACAAGUAAUAUGUCUGGAGAUUCUUAUCUGGAUCUUAUUCUGGGUUUCCCUAUCUGUAAGGUGUAAGGAAGAAAUGCUGCUUUAUUUUGAUUCUGAUAGUUUAUGUCUUGAUAUGCAAUGUUUGUAAUGCCUGUGUAAAUAAUUGUGUUUUUCCCCCUUGUUUUGUACAGAUGUUAUGGAAGAUACAUACAAUUAUUAUAGAUCAAUUUCUGAAAUAUAACAUUCCUAAUUUUUAUUUUGUAUGAGUUUGGGGACUGAAAAAAUUGUAUCCAUCAAAGCAAAAGUGCUUCUUUAAGACAUUGCAUUGAGAGUUACUAACUUCAUGCGAUAUUGUCCAGAUGAUGGUUAUUAAGCUGUUGAAUUAAUUAGUGUGAAGCUUGAUUACAUGUAUACGUGUCCCAGAGGAGGCAUAAUAUGAUCAUAUACAUGAUAUAUUGUAGAUUAAUCCUUUAAAUCUUCUUAACACAUGAUCUUAAAGAACUCUAUUUAUGUCCAAGGAAUUUCACUUUCAAGAUCUGAAACCAGAUUCAGGCAAUAUUUACCAAACUUAAAUGAUCUGAACCUAGGCUUAAAUUGUGCAUAGUUAUUUGACUAGUCACCUAGAGGAUAAACUGUAUUGGAGAUUUAUUUAUAUUUGCACUACCAGCUUAUAAACGGGGACUACAGUUUAGUGUUCAUUACCAGAUAAAAUCAAAAUCUGACAGCUUCACAUUUGUGUAUGUAGUCGUAAUGUAUGUGCAAUCACAUUUACUCUCUGUAUAAUUACAUAUCAUUUUGUAUACAAUUUACAUAUCAAAAUAUUCCUAUAUCAUAUUUCUGACAUAUAUUUUUUUUUAUAUUUUCAUGAUGAAUAAUAAACCAUAAAAUACUGAU